UGAAAACCGAACAGAAAGUUCAGACCAGAACAGGCCUUCAAGUAACUGAACUGCUCGGGUCACAACAGAACACGUGGCAACCCCAGCUGUGGGUCGGAGCCGCUCCAGGAUUCAGAGGAGGCGCUGACGUUACCCAGAGGCUCCAACAAGUCCCACAGCCCGACAGACGCUGUUUAUAUAGUUACCCCUCCCAGGGGCGGGGCUAGGGGAUUCAGCUAGAGUCACACUUUGGGUAUCAGACACAGGGAGGGAAACAUUACGAGGGCAGCGGAGCCAAUGGCAUCUCGGGGACAGAGGAGCCCCGCAGCGCGUAAAAUGUUUUACAGCCGAGGGUUUUGCCCUUCCCACGGGACUAGAGCGCUCAGUGACACGCUGACGCGGAAUGGAUAGUGUUGCCGGAAGUGACAUACCAGAAGUGACAUGCCGGACGGGAGGGCGGACAUGGAGGAGGAGGAACGGGAGGUGGUUCGAGUCCGUGUCCGGAAGUGUGAGGGGCUUCAGCAGCCAGAGUUACGCUCCUUCGCCGUCGACCCCCAGAUCACUUCCCUGGAUGUCCUGCUGCACAUCCUCAUCCGAGCCUUCGAUCUCAGCGGGAAGAGUUUCGGGAUCAGUUACCUGGGUCGGGAUAAGCAAGGCCAUGAGAUCUACCUGUCACUGGUGUCAGAGUGGGAUUUGGGCAAUGCCUUCUCCACAGCCUCCAAGCCUUACCUACAACUCAAGAUUGAUAUCAAGCCCUCUGAGGACAGCCCCCUGCUGGAGGACUGGGACAUUAUCAGCCCCAAGGAUGUUAUUGGGACAGAUUUGUUUCUGGGGGACAAACGAGCACUGGCCUCAGCCCUGCCAUUUACACAGUCCAUCCUUUCUCAGGUGGGCCGCACCUUAACCAGAGUGCAGCAGGCAUUGAGUUGGACCUACAGCGAGGAUGUAAAGCCUUUCAAGCCUCCCCUAAAUGAUGCUGAAUUCCACACCUACUUGAACCACGAGGGGCAGCUGACUCGCCCAGAGGAACUGCGUCUGCGUAUUUACCAUGGAGGUGUGGAGCCGUCAUUGCGCAAGGUGGUCUGGCGGUACCUGCUGAACGUGUACCCGGAUGGGCUCAGCGGAAAGGAGCGCAUGGACUAUAUGAAGUGCAAGACGCGCGAGUAUUACCAGCUAAAGGGGGAGUGGCUUCAGCGCUGCAGUGCCGAGGACCUGGAUUUCAUUCAGGGCAACGUGAUGAAAGACGUCCUGCGCACAGAUCGCACUCAUCCCUAUUAUGCAGGUUCUGAAGAUAACCCCCACCUGCAAGCUCUACAUGACUUGCUGACCACUUACGCCAUUACCCACCCACAGGUGUCCUACUGUCAGGGCAUGAGUGACAUUGCCUCCCCCAUACUAGCCGUGAUGGACAACGAAGCCCACGCCUUUAUCUGCUUCUGUGGCAUCAUGAAGCGCCUGGAGGGUAACUUCCGUAUGGAUGGCGAGUGCAUGUCCAUCAAGUUCUCCCACCUUAAACUUCUGCUGCACUAUUCCGAUCCCCAUUUCCAUUCCUACUUGUUGUCCCGUGGGGCAGAUGAUCUUCUCUUUUGCUACCGCUGGCUGCUGCUGGAGCUCAAGAGGGAAUUUGCCUUUGAGUCUGCCUUGCGUAUGCUGGAGGUGAUGUGGAGCUCGCUGCCUCCUGACCCCCCUGAGAAGGAGGUGGAGUUAGUAGGGCCACCGUGUCUUCCAGGGGAACGCUGUAAAAACUCCCGCACGCGACACAUGAUGCGGCCCGAUCGUGGCCUGAAUGCUGAAGGAGAGAUAGAAAUGGAUGGGGAAGGAGGUAACUCAAAGUCAGAAGCUGCUGUUCAGGAGGAGACUGUUGUGCCAGCAUGUGUCCUGCUGAAACAUGGAAGCUUUGGCGAGUUGAAGUGCUAUGAGGACCCCGGGGAGGAAGACAGUGCAGAGGAUGACAAAGUACAACAGUCUACGGAGGAAGAUGAUAAAAGUGUCUUGGAGGAGGAGCCUCUUAUCAAACCUCCUGACUCUCUGAGAGUGAUCAAAUCAAUAUCUGCCCCUUCUCUAAGUUCCUGCUCCCCAACAUCUCAGAGUUCUCCUUCUUUUGCAGCAGAAGAAAACAUUACCCCAUCCUCUGACACAGAGGGUAAAGAAAAUCCAGAGCUGGAAGCCGACCCCCCUGCGGUUGUGUCCCCCAGCCCUAUUUGCCUCCCCCCGCCGCAGGAGUUUGGACGUGGAAACCCCUUUAUGCUCUUCCUGUGCCUCUCCAUUCUGCUGGAGCACCGUGAGCAGAUUAUGAAGCAGAACAUGGGCUACGAUGAGUUGGCCAUGCACUUCAACCGGCUGGUUAGGAGGCACAACCUGAACCGGGUGCUGCACCGCGCCAAGACCCUCUUUGCUGACUACCUACAUUCCAAGGUGUGGGACUCGGAGGAAGGUGACGAGGCAGCUGCUGAGUCCCCAAGCACCUCUUGACCACGCUCUGAGCUCCAUUUGCCUUUUUACCUAAUUUCCAGAGGUGCAUUUAGUUUAGUGUGAUGGGGCUGCUCUGCAGAUUGGAUGGGCCUGGAAAGGAGGAGACAGGCUGGCAAUUACCUUAAGGAAAUAUCUCUAGAACAAUUUCUAUUAAACACAAGCACUACCUGCACUCGAGCAGUGAGGUUCAAGGUCUGCUCAAACUGUGCCAAGUAGCAGGUUCCUGGCAUACUGAUUUUGUGGCUCAGCCAAUCAGAAAAUAUAUUGUCCUUGCAGUGUCCAGUAGAAAUACUCAGCAGAGAAUAUGGGGUGUAGUGUUAAGAUAUUACUGUUAGAUAAGGCUCAAUAGGUAAGGCUUGUACCUGGCCAGGAAUAUUUGAGCUUUUCCCCGGAGAGAUGCCGGAUGUUCUUGUAGCACCUACCAGGUACCAACCAAAAGACGUGUCACAUAUGUUUCUGUACGGUGAAGAUGAGGAGGUGAGAUUUCAGCUCAGUUCUAGGCAAUGCUCCUUGGCUUCAUAUUGCCUUCCAAGGAAGGUCCAGCAUCUCACACGUAACAGAUAUUCACCAUACAAUGGACAGUGAGUGCCGGGUCCAGUAUAUUCAGAGUUGGAGGCAGCAGGGAUCACUUUAUUCAGAACUUGGAUGUGGUGGGGUGUCAGUUUAUUUAGAGCUGGAGGCUUCAUUGGACAGUUUAUUCAGAGCUGGAGGCUGCAUUGACUAAUUUAUUCAGAAGUGGGGACUGCAGGGCCCAGUUUAUUCAGAAGUGGGGGCUGCAGGAGCCAGUUUAAUCAGAAAUGGGGACUGCAGGGCCCAGUUUAUUCAGAAGUGGGGGCUACAGGAGCCAGUUUAAUCAGAAAUGGGGACUGCAGGGCCCAGUUUAUUCAGAAGUGGUGGGCUGCAGGGGCCAGAUUAUUCAGAAAUAGGGAGCUGCAGGAGCCAGUUUAUUUAGAACUGGAUGCAGUGGGGGGCAGGUUAUUCAAAGCUUGAAGCUGCAGGGGUUAUUUUCUACAGAGUGGGAGGCUGCUACAUGCCAUAGGAUGGAAAGGAAAGGCUGAAGUUGCCAUUAAGAUUAAAGGGAACAGUCCCCUUUUAGUGACUCAGAAUGGGCUGAUCAUCUCAUGAUCAAAUGGACAAUCAGAAGGAAUAUAUAAUUAUGGGGGAUGUGUAAUAAGGGGACAUGGGAAUCCAAGUUAGGGGGGUAAUUAAUUUGCACAUUCAGCCAAAUAUGAGUCUUGUCUGUGUAUUUAAUUUGGGGCAGGAGAUAGGGGUCACUGACAUUGAAGGGGUCACUGGCAUGAAGUUGCCAUUAAGAUUAAAGGGAACAGUCCCCUUUUAGUGACUCAGAAUGGGCUGAUCAUCUCAUGAUCAAAUGGACAAUCAGAAGGAAUAUAUAAUUAUGGGGGAUGUGUAAUAAGGGGACAUGGGAAUCCAAGUUAGGGGGGUAAUUAAUUUGCACAUUCAGCCAAAUAUGAGUCUUGUCUGUGUAUUUAAUUUGGGGCAGGGGAUAGGGGUCACUGACAUUGUUUUAAAGGAAAGGGGGAUCCCAGUAGGAGAGGGGCACCCAAUUGCUGGGAGGUUGCGCUGCUGUGUUACUUGCCCUUGACAUUAUUGUAGAUCAGUCUGGUAGGGUCCUGCAGUGGAUCUGGCACCCAGGAAAUAACCACAAAGCAGUCAGUAUAUCCUUCAUGUCCCAACUGUGGGGGUUGUCCGUGAGCACCCUUUAACUACAGGUGGGUAGUUGUAGGCAGACAUGGGUGGUGGGAGUAAGGAACAGCAACUGACAAAAGCAAUUUAUGCCAACAGUGGGUCAGAGCAAAGAAUGUGAGUCGGGUUGGGCUCUACAGUCUGGCACUCAUUCCUAGCUGGGGGCACAAUGCAAUUUAAUGCUGCUUUACUGUGUUAUGUAACCCAACAGAACCCAUUAUUCUGCCUUUUUGGAUUGUGCCACCCUCCUUUACAUUCCUUUGUGUCUUUUGUGUUACACUUUCUGUUGAUGUUUAUUUAUUUGCACUAUACAAUGAGAUGUCCAUGUGUACUCAUAUGCCCACUAUUUAUUCUGCCAAAGACUGUGCCUGUCACUCAUUAUGAAUUGGAAUGUACCCUCCCCCUGUCAAGUCUUGCCCUGCAGUCUACUCCUCCCUGCUUUUAAUUUUUGGGAGACAGGUUAUAGGAUACCUUGUACCUGGUGCCAGUGGGACACUAAAGGGAAAGUGAGCAAUGUCGGGCACAGCCAACGCAAUGUGGGCAUUAUGUGAGUAUCCCUUUAUCUGCCAGCAAUGCCUAUGUAGGCUGCCACAGAUAGGCCUCAUCUUUGUGAUUUGUAGAGAAGAAUGUGAUUGGUCAGUCAGUCAGUAUGUAGGGUCCCGGUCUUUUGUCUUGUGUGAGCAGUUGGUAGUUGCUCCAGGACAGUCUUUGUUAUGAAAUGUGUUGGCCCAGCAGUGGAGCCAGACCAAAUUCCGUCUCCUUUUUUGUGCAAGUGUUUGAUGCCUAUUAGUGCACUGGUGUGAUUUUAUGACCUUGGGGGUAACUAAGCAGUUGGGUGCUGUGCCAUUGCCUUUGAGUGCUCAUGCAAAGGGGUUGUCCAUUCGGGGGGGGGGGUAGGGAAUUCUGGCGGCACUAUAUUAGUAGUGCCUAUACUGGGUGGCCAAUCAGAUGGCUCAUUCAUUGGGUUGUGUGCCUUGAGUGGCCACUUGAGUUACCUGUGAGUUUGUGGUGUGAGCCUUUAUUAAGGGUCCGCACUACUUGGAUGGUUUAUUCAUUGGCGGAUGCUGUAAUGGUACCGGUAGAGUGGCGCGCCAAUGUGGUGUAUUGUAAGAAGGCAGAGACUGUGCUGAGAAUAUCUGUGUUACACACAUUGUUACAAGGGACGUGACUGCAGGGAGGCUUGUGUCCAUUUCUUCCCAUCAUUUCUAUAAAUGGUUCCUUGAAUAAGACUUUCCCAUUGAGGGGUCUAAGAACCCAGUUGGGCCAGGGGCAGAAUCUGGUAUGGCUGCUUGGUACAAUAAGAACUGCCCCUUCUGGUUCUGUCAAUAGCUGAGAAAUAAAAUCAUUCCUCAUAAAA